AUGUCCUCCCCCACCUAUUUAGGCAAUUAUUCCAUUGCGAAUUCGGCUCGAGUUGGUCUGCAACUGCGAAUCGCUGUUCACACGGGAGAAGCCUAUGCCGCAGUGUUCGGCAAAUCCAUGCUCGCCUUCGACCUUCUCGGCCCUGACGUCGUUUUUCUCCGGCGUCUGCGCUCCGCCACGCUUUCGGGGUAA